CAACACAACAGCCCCGCCAACAACGCGAGCUUCGACUACUUUCGUUCUCGUUUGACACCAAUUGGUAUUGGAGCCCACCAUUGGACACCACCAUGUGCCCCAGUGUGGGUGCUUACAUAUGUAUGCCACUGGCUCAAUCAGUUACCAAUAGAAAGAUCGCCGGCUGCGAUACCCGCUCCACUUAAAUAGCAACCGCUCUCGUUGCCCGGAACCCAGUUGACACACGGCAUUAGAAGUACGAGUAUACGGGACAUGAAGUCGACAGUUUGGCUCCCAUUGCUGACCCUAAUUUGGCGGAGUGCCAGUGCCAACCCGAUAUUGGGGCUUUUCGAUCCAGCCUGCCAAGUUGUUAGGGGAGAAUGUCCAAAUAAAAACAUAUCCUUCUGGCUGUACUCGAAUUCCACCCGGGAAAACCCUAUUCUUCUGGAUCCCCUCGACCUCAAUCCGUGGAACUUCCAACCGCCACGUCCUCUAAAGAUACUCAUCCAUGGCUACACAGGUGACCGUGACUUUGCUCCCAACUCCUACAUCCGUCCCGUGCUCCUCGAUCACGAAGAUGUCUACGUGAUCUCCAUCGACUAUGGACCACUUGUGCGAUAUCCCUGCUACAUCCAGGCAGUUCAGAAUCUUCCCCUAGUGAGUCGAUGCUUGGCGCAGUUGAUCAACAAUCUGGUCGAUCGAGCAAUCGUGGCAAAUGACCAAAUCCACUUGAUAGGCUUCAGUUUGGGUGGUCAGGUGGCGGGGCAGACGGCCAACUAUGUGAAGAGAAAGAUGAAAAGGAUCACUGGUCUGAAUCCUGCGAAGCCCCUCUUCAUCUUGGGACCAGAUUCGAGAAGAUUGGAUAAAGGAGAUGCCGAUUUUGUAGACGUCAUCCACACAGAUGUUUUCGGUCGCGGAUAUCUGCGCGCCGCUGGUCAUGUGGACUUCUACCCAAACUUUGGAGCCAAACAACCUGGCUGCAUGGAGGAGAACAUGCAAGAUCCAAGUAGCUGCAAUCACGAGAGGGCUCCUCUCUUUUACGCCGAGUCCAUCAAUAGCACUGUGGGCUUCUGGGCACGGCAGUGUUCCGGUUGGUUGCUCCAACUCCUUGCACUGUGUCCCACAACAGGAGAUCAAACUCUAAUGGGCUACCACGUCUCGGAUGAGUUGAGGGGCUCGUACUUCCUGCAGACCGCAAGUAAACCAGCCUAUGCCCUAGGAAAAAUGCAGGAUGUGGACAAUAGGCAGACCCUGGCCAAGUUCCAUUUGAAUUUCGAUCACAACGAAAUCGACGAUGACUACGAACCACAGUUGUUGGAGGCGUUCCUCGAGUUGGAGGCGGUGAAAGUGGUGGUCAAAAUGGAUGAAAGCGAUUUGGAUAAGCAGUUAAACUGGAUCGAUCGGGAGGAAGAUGAACCUUUAUCGAGAAAUUUAAUUAAAUAAUUGAUAGAUAGAGUUUAAUUAAUUCAAUAUUUAAUAUAU